CUCUCACUUCCGGGUGGCUUCAAUGGCGAAAUCCCUUUAACGUUUGGCGAUAUUGUGUGUUUUUAUAAGGAAAACUAACGCUUCGUGUGACAUAAGGACGCUGCAGAGAUGAACAGAAUAUUCGGACGGAAUAAAUCAAAAGGACCACCGCCGAAUUUGUCGGACUGUAUCGGCAAUGUGGAUGCUAGGGGAGAGUCCAUGGAGAAGAAGAUUGGCAGACUAGAGGCCGAACUCGUGAAGUACAAGGAACAGAUGAAGAAGAUGAGAGAUGGGCCUUCCAAGAACAUUGUGAAACAGAAGGCGAUGAGAGUCCUGAAGCAGAAAAGGAUGUAUGAAGGUCAGCGAGAACAGCUGGCUCAGCAGUCUUUCAACAUGGAGCAGGCCAACUAUACCCUUCAGACACUGAAAGACACCAAAUCUACUGUGGAUGCCAUGAGGAUGGGCGCCAAGGAGAUGAAAAGAGCCUAUAAGGAUGUCAAACUGGAUGAGAUUGAUGACCUGCAGGAUCAGUUGGAGGACAUGAUGGAAGAUGCCAACGAGGUCCAAGAGGCUCUGAGUCGCAGCUACGGCACUCCGGACAUUGAUGAGGACGAUCUAGAAGCAGAGCUGGAUGCUCUCGGAGACGAGCUUCUGCUGGAUGAGGACAGCUCUUACCUGGACGAUGCCUCGGCUGCUCCCUCCAUCCCUGAGGGCAUGCCUGGAGAGAGCAAGUCAAACAAAGAAGGUGUCCUGGUGGAUGAGUUUGGCCUACCGCAGAUUCCCGCCACUUAAGACGCAUGCUACACGUUGACUGACAACACUUUAAGUUGAAAUAAUGUAGAUUAACAUUAAUAUUACAUGCAAAAACUAUUUGAGUACGAUAGUGAAACUGGACGAGCAUGUAACCGCGUAACACAUUCAACAUUUUGUUUGCACUGGUCAGUAUUUAUUUGGUUUAACUUAAUUUUGUUGAUUUGGUCAGUAUUUUUGAUGAUUGGGUUAUUAUUAAUUGUGUGUAUGUCAGACCACCUUUGUUUGUCUAAAUUGAGCGUGUCUGCAGAUGAUUUGAAACAUGCAAAUGUUUGAAUUAAAUCUGGAUUUAUUGA